UAAACACACUUUUGCCUCUUUCUCUCUCUCUUCCGCCUGUCUCUGUUCACCAUUAAAACACAUUCGUAGUACCAUAAAAGCGGUGUAAGAGCAACACGAGAAAUCACUGAGAGUUUCGCCAAAAUUCACAAGUCACACACUCUAAAGUUAGCUUUUUCAUUCAUCAUUUAUUAAAAAAACAGUUCUGCAAAUUGCGUAAUUACUCAUAAAUUUAAUUAUUUUCCUAAAAAAAAAACUAAAAUCUGGGUUUUUCUGGGUUUUCUCUUAAAAUUUGUGGGUGUGAAUUUAAUUUUUAGAAUUAAUUAAAAAUAAUAAAAAAAAAGUUUGAUAAAGAAAUGGAUGGGAAGAAAAAGGGGUUGGAAGGAGGACAGGUAAUGGACGGUUCAGAUAUAAUGGAGUUGGUUGAAAAUAAGGAGGUGUUGAGUAAAUAUGUGGAUGAUAAGUUCAAAAAAUUAGAUAGUGAUAAUGAUGGUAAAUUGUCAGUGAAAGAACUUCAACCUGCUGUUGCUGAUAUUGGUCUUGCUCUUGGUCUUCCUCCUAAAGGCUCUUCUCCUGACUCUGAUCACAUCUAUUCUGAGGUUCUGAAUGAAUUCACUCAUGGUACGGAGGAGAAAGUAAGCAAGAGCGAGUUUAAAGAAGUUCUAUCGGACAUCCUUAUAGGCAUGGCUGCAGGACUAAAGCGGGACCCCAUUGUUAUCCUCCGCAUUGAUGGUGAAGAACUUCAAGAAUAUAUGAGUAAUCCUGUUUUUGAGACGGACAUGAUGUUAAUUUUCUCUGAGACUGCAACUCCAGAUGGAACUUUCUGUGAUCAAAUUGUCAAGGCUUUGCAAAAACUUGGUGUUGAUCAAGGGUUGCCCCCUAUAUCAGAUUCUUGGGUUAUGAGCAAUAUUGUGGAACCGUCUUUGGAGUCGUGUACUCGGGAUUGUAAUGAUGAUGAGCAACUGGUAUCAGCUCAGGAGGCUUUCCUGAAGGAAGUGAAGAAAGUACUUGAGAAUAUAGUUGAGCGUCUUAGAGAGCAACCUGUGAUUGUUGCACACACUGAGAACACCUACGAUGGAAGUGCUAUCAAGAACCUUGUAGCUAAUAAGUUUGAAACAGACAAGGUACUGAAUGCUGUGCUGGAAACCUUACCUAGAGAUAAGAAUGGAAGAAUGUCAAAGGAGUGUCUUCGAUUGGCAUUAGAUUCAUUGGCUCCGUCUGCUGGUUUACCCCCUUAUGGCGCGGUUGCUGAGAUGGACAAGGUAAUUAACGAAGUGUUUAAGAUGGUGGAUGCUGAUGACGGGAAGUUCGUAAAAGAAGACGAGUUCAAGAAGCUGUUGCUGGAAAUCAUAGGGAGUAUCAUGUUACAACUAGAAGGUAACCCUGUUUCGGUUUCUACUAACUCGGUUGUCCACGAGCCCCUUGCCGAUCCUUCUUCGUUUUUGCAGACAUCGGCCUCAUGAUCUUAACCCGUGUCACUUGAUAUUGCAUAUAUAAGUAAUAAACGAAAGCCUAAAUCCUAAUCGCGUCUGAAAUCACUCGUGUAUUAUAAGCAAUUUCAGCUAAAGAUGUUAGCAAAUCUUGUGUUGUUCUUAUGUUUUGUAUUCAAUGUAGCUUUUCUACUUCAGUCAUGUAUUGCUUGUACCGAAAAGAGCUUUGCAUAGUGUUUUAUGCUUGAUCACAGCAAUUUAGUGUUAAUUGAUGCAUUUUGUUAUGUAUUA